AUGCAAAUUGGAACUAACACUGAAUUCCCUAAAGAUAUAACCAUACCAGAAGCUCUUAAUGUUCCGGCUGGAAACGUCUUCAAAUUCGCCUUAUAUGGAAUCGGAGUAGCGGGCUAUAAGUUUAAGAAAAGUGAAUCUACUUGGAACAUUUGCAAGGGCGAUACAUUUUAUUUUAAUCAUCCUAAAGAUAUAUCCUUUAAUUCGGGUUCAAUCGUAGCUAUGUCAUCUGCAGUCGGAUUGGGUCAAUCUGGUGAAAUUCUAGAAGGACCUAUAAAAUCUCUUAUUCCAGGAGAUACAUCAUUAUGCGCCGGUAAAGGUACUCCUGAUUAUCAUCCUGAGUUAAAGACUCUUCGUGGGGUAAUAGGUAAACCUACGACCUAUCAAGGAGAAACAUUUUCUGAUAUUACUUAUGUGACAAGUCACAUCAGAGAACAUGCCCUUCCCACAGAAAUAGAUUCCGAUGGAUACGUUUGUAGCAUUCCUAUCAGUGUUAUUCUUUUAUUUUAUAAGUCUGCAUGA